AGUGGUUAAGAACACCAAGUUAAAGACAGUCCAACCAACUUACCAAACCAACCAAAAACCUAUCAAAACCAGCAGCACCCCAGCAGAGCCCUGAUGGUGCUCGGAUUAUGGUUCACCAACCGAGAAAAUGAUCCCGGACCGCAUAAUCCUCUCCCCGCCAGCGCCACUCCCACGUGCUACUAGAUGCUAAUGUAUCGAACGGAAACGAAACGUGGAAGAGGAAGAUAUGGAGUGUUACUAUUAACAACAGUUAGGCAAUAAAUUAAUCUUUUUCCUUCUCGAACCGGCAAGCCUAGCACUUCCGUUCGUCCGUUUUUUCAGCUUUCCACAGCGCUUUUCUACUUCUUCUUAAUUCAUAAUGUGUGUACAAGUACUAGUGAAAAUGCGAUGCUGAAGAGGAUGAAUGUAACUAGCGGCACCGGUUUGAUGCACGAAUGGCAUCCGCGAAUGGCAACAGUAGCAGCAGUGACCAUGUGUGGGAUUAGCUAAUUGAAGUAGGAACAUGAUGGCGACAAUGCUUGAUUUUCCUUAUGUUUCCAUUAUGUACUGGCACAACUUUGUACAUCUCUUGCGGGGUGUGUAGGUUGUGGGGUAGUAGCUUCAUCCUAAUCUGUUUUCCCUAUCUGUUUUUACUAGUAGGAUCGGUCAUGUGUAGGACGUGGGUGAAGCCAGGCUCAAGCAAUGUUACCGAGUUGAUGCCUUUUAGACGGGAAAGCUUAAAAGAAGGCCUCCGCAGAAACACUCCAUUAGACACACAUGAGUAGAGAAUAUUCUUUGGUCCAAAACCUACCCGUCCUAUGGACCAUGUGUUCAUUGAAUUUAAUUUGGAUUACAUGGCUUCACAGAGUCAACAAACCAGGAACACCCUAGUAUAAUGGCACCACAUUUCCUGGCCACGUCUCUCCCUUGCAUAAUGUGCUUACGAAGAAGUGUUCUAUCUUUUCUUGAUCAAGAGCAGAAAUGAUUGGCCACUUGUAACUGUCGUAGUUUGAACAUGAUUGGUUUUUGUAGGUUUUUUUUUUAAAUAUAAUUCUUUAAUACUGCGUACGUAUUUUCGUACUAGUUUAUUCAACUUUUCUUACCUUGAUAUGCAACAUCUACAAUCGAUCUUCAGUGGCCGUGGCUAAUGCCGGCAUUAUUAUGGAAGCCGUAAAUGUGUAUGUAAAGGCUUAGAAAGGGAAGUUAGACAGCAAUAAUGAAUGAAGACGCGGCGCAGGUGGUGCACUGAGACGCGGAAACAGAAUGAUGAGAGCAACGGUGAGAAGGAAUCAGGUCCAAUGUACCGAAUGUGUUUAAAGCAGACUAUAAUGCCGAGGCCAGGAUAGCUAACAAAGUAAUGGUCGUUACUAAUCGUCGUUUAAACUCUGUCUGGAUAAAUGAAUGAAGAGAGACCGUCAAGGGAAGAGCAUAUACUGGAAAUAGAAGCCAUUCGCGCUCCCCAAAAACUCA